AUGCAGAAACCGAACUACUUGACAGCGGAGGUGGUUUACAGAAAAGCUCAGAUGAUCGAUCCAGACGCCAACAAGGCCUGCAAUUUGGGUCUUUGCCUCGUCAAGCAAGGCAGGUUUGAUGAUGCAGAAUCAGUCCUCGGAGAUGUAUUGCAAGGUAAAAUUCCGGGUUCGGAAGACGUUAAAGCCAGGAAUAGAGCUCGGGAAUUGUUAAUGGAACUUAAAGCCUUUCAGCCACCUUUGGAAUUAUCUGAUAUUAUGGGACUUGAUGAUCAUGAUUUCUUCAAUGGGAUUGAGCUGUUGAUGAACGAAUGGGCCCCGGUUAGAUCAAAGAGGCUGCCCAUUUUUGAAGAGAUCUCCUCAUUUAGAGAUCAAUUGGCUUGUUAA